GCAGAGGGGUGCUCUGUGUUUUCUGGGGUGGAAGACUCAGGAGAUAGAGGUAUAGUCAGUGUAAAUAUUGCUCAGAAGGAGUUUCUGAUCCAGGCCGGGCUGCCCUAGGCAAUGAGCUGUUAGGAGCCCAGGAGGUAGUGAAAGCUUCCUUUCUCAGCGAGAAUCCAAUAGAGGCCGAGGAACUCGGGCCACAAUCCCUGCAGUGAUGCAAAGACCCUUAUGACCUGUUUGCCUUUCAGACCCUGUUGUGCAGAGAGAAGACUGGCUGGGAUGGGGAACAGGGUAGAGCUUAGGGGGCCUGGUGGAAGACCGGAGUCCCAGCUCUGCCGUCACAGAGCUGUGGGGACCUUUCCUGUCACUUCUCCCGGAGCCUCGGUUUCCUCAUCCGCAGGCUGGGAGACAUUGCCCCCAUCCUGCCAGUUACAGAGCUGCCAGAAGCACAGACCACAGGGUCACCAGGCUCAAUGAUUCUCUGCCGGUCUCACCUGAAGUCACAACUUUGCCUUAGUGUCCGGGGCGGGGUUGGAGAGCUGGGUCUCUUAUGACUAGAGAUCUGGACCACGCAUCCCUGCUCCCAGAGCCUGGACUCUGCUCCUUCCCAAGCAGAAGGACCUGGAGGCCUUGACUCCGCAGUAACCAUAGUAACCUAGGGUUCCCGGGCACCAGCAGCAGGGGCACCUGAAUCACCGGGCGGGGGCGGGGCCAAGCCCCGCUGCCAACGCUGCAGCAGCAACUGCUGUUUGGAUUUCCGGGCGAUGCUGCCGCCGUGAGGGAGGCAGCGCAGGAGCGCAGGGUGCGGAGCUGGGCCGGGGCUCCCUGGCGUCCAGCGGCACAACCACCUCCCUGAGUUCAGUGUCCUCCGAGCGCUCCCCUGGGGGGCCGGGCGUCUGUAAGGCACUUGAUAGGUGCCAGGAGAGGCUUGGUGACUGGAGGGGCGGUGACAACGAAGGUGAAGAUCUGGGGAGGUCCUCACUGAGCCCGGUCGUUCAGAUCCCAAGAGCCAUGCUGCAAAGAUUCUCUGGUUGGAAUCCGCCUGUCCAGAGGGCAGGACAUCCAAAAGGCCAUGACCGUGUUCCCUGCUCCCCAGCCACCCAGGGGGCCCUUGUUGCCAAGCCAGUGCACAGUGUGGAAGUAGGGGAGGCAGGCAGAGAAGUUGGGAGGGUCCCCCAUGGGCAACUCUGCCUGAGGCGCCUCAGGAUGCUGCCUGAAAGUGGGGCUGAUGAGAACAGCCACCUGCAGGCAUAAAGUGCUCAGAACUCCCUGCCCAACUGGCUGGGGACACGCCUACUUGGAGAGCCACGCUUGGCCAGUGCCCACCUCUGCCUCACCCACCCCAGGAGCAGGCUGGACUGGGUCACUUGGGUCAAAGAAUGGGAGGAGCCCUGCCAGCCAGCCUUGGAGAAGGGGGUACUACCCAGAGCCAGCCCCAAACUCAGGCACAGAGCCCCGUGCAAAGCAGAGGAAGGGGCCCCGUGGGCAGACGCAGUUCUGCCGGACGGGCGGAACACGGGUGGCUGUCAUUGCCACUCAGCCUUGGCCUUUCGCAGUGAACAACUAACACAGCCACACAGGACCUCACAUGCGGAAAGGCUGACCCCCAAGGAGCCCUGUGUGCCUUGCGAGGGCCACACUCAGGCCACUGCUGGGGGCUGCUGAGACAGUGAGUGGAGCCCGGGCGGCAGCUGGGAGAAGCAGCACAGUCCACUGGGCCCCGGCGUCCUGUGACCUCUCUCAGCCUCCCUCCUCUAACUGCUGACGUGAGGACAUAGCGCCCAUGGGCCAGUGGGAAACUCCCGAGACAGGGGUAAGCUUUGCAGACUGUCAAAUUCCUGUAGAGGACUAAGUCUGUGUCUCCUAGGGUCCCCAGGGCCCGCCUGCCCUGCUGAGGGACUCACGCACCCAGUAGUCCCAUCAGCCGCUUCUUUGGCUCCUGCCCCACUGGUCCUGGAGCCAGUGGGGGUCAGGGGUGGACUCGCUGUGGCCUUGACGGUGUGCCUCAUACCUGACCACGCCCAGCCUCCCCCCCCCCCCGGUGCCUGGCUGACACCUUGCAGGCAUCUGAGUGUCAAGAGGAGGGCAGGGAUUGAAUGUGUGCCCCCUGCAUUGACUGGAAGCGUGGAGUCUUGACCACUGGACCACCAGGGAAGUUCCCUGGCUCAAGUUUUGAUUGAAUUCUCUUUAUAUUUUCAGCCUCCCUCCUCCAACCCAGAAAAAGCAGGGUCAAGAGGGGAGGGGGAGAGAGCUAAGGCCUGGGGAGCUGGCUAAGUGCCCGUCUUGGGGCCGGAAGCUCCACCAGCUUCCUUCAGGCCUCUGGGACUGAGAGGAAGGGCUGCCCAGCGAGGAACUUUCCCGUCCCAGCUGCCAAGUGGAGGCAAGUCAGGAAGUCCCCUGCUUUCAAAGCUUACCCAGGCCUAGGCUGGGCCCGGCCCACAAUUCUGAGGGGCUGACCUGGGACCCCUUUUCCGGUUUCACACCCUCACUACUUUGGGAGUUACCAGGCUCCUUCUUUCUCUCCCAGGAUGAGAGAAGUCACCCUCACUGGGGGUCAGCGAUGCUGGUUCUCUGUGGCAAAGUCAGAAAACUCAGCCGCCGCCCCCGCCCCUCGCCACUGCAGAAUUAGAGCUGACCACAAACAGCCUGCCAGCCCAUCUCUCAGCCUGUUUCUAGAUACAGACGGGCUACACAUGUGUAAACAUUCGAAUAGUACACAUAUAAAUGUAUGUGUCAAACAAAAGCAGGAUCAUCUGUUGACUUCUAAAACCUGCUCUCUUUAGUUAAUGGCAAUAACAACCAUCACCAGGUAUCCAGAGCUGGUACUGUCAACGGUUCCUUUAAUUUUUACAACAUCUCUAAGGGAGGUGGCUCAAGUGGUAAAGAAUCUGCCUGCAAUACAGGAGACCAGGAAUGGAUCCCUGGGUUGGGAAGUUCCCCUGGAGGAAGGCAUGGCAACCCAACUCCAGUAUUCUUGCCUGGAAAAUUCCAUGGACAGAGGAGCCUGGCAGGCUACAGUCCAUGUGGUCACAAAGAGUCGGACAGGACUCGGUGACUAAGCUGCAGUAAGGGAGGGAAACUGAGGCUUGGCAAGAGUCAGGAAAGAACUAAGAUCCCAGACAGGCAAAGCGGGUUCCCCACUGGUUCUAAGAAGGUCUCUGGAGUGGGGAUGGGGGAGAGCCGGGACAGUAGCCCCAGGGAGCAUGGGUUGAUGGAAAUGCCCCCUUUCCCCUGGUGGGGAGGGCUCCAGGCUGCCCGGAAGGCCAGCCGGUGUGUCCGGCCGACCUUCAGUGACGCCCCCGCCCCCGCCGCAGAUGCCGAGGCUCCCCGAGAGGCGCUCCGCUUCCACGCCCAGGCGGUGGGCGCACAGGUGCGCCUGGAUGCUCAGCGGAGCACCGCGUUCAGGCACGCCACGUUCCACGACGGCAUCGUGUUCAGCCAGCGGCCGGUGCAGCCGGGAGAGCGCGUGGCGCUGCGCUUGCUGUGGCACGAGCCCGGCUGGCUGGGUGGCCUCCGCGUGGGCUUCACGCGCCUGGACCCCGCGCGGGUGUCCGCGCCCAGCCUGCCGCCCUUCGUGUGCCCGGACCUGGAGCAGCAGAGUCAGACCUGGGCGGCCAUGCUUCCUGACGGCUGCGCCCUCCCGGGGGAUGUGGUGCGCUUCUGGGUGAACCGCCAGGGCCGGAUCUUCGCCCGGGUCAACUCGGGGCCCCGGCGGCUGCUGCGCGAGGGCGUGCUCAUGGGCGCCCCGCUCUGGGCCGUGAUGGACGUGUACGGGACCACCAAGGCCAUCCAGCUGCUGGAUCUUACAGCCAACGACUUUCCCACAACCAUGCCAAGGGAUCUCAGUGAUGAGGCUCUCCCCGGGCCCAAAGCCUCAGCAGGAGAAGAGUGUGCCAUCUGCUUCCACCAGGUUGCCAACACCUGCCUUGUCCCCUGCGGCCACACACACUUCUGCAGCUCCUGUGCCUGGAGGGUCUUCAGGGACACGGCCAGAUGCCCCGUGUGUCGCUGGGAGAUCGAGGAGGUGGCCCUGGCUUGGGAUCCUCUUGUCCUGGGUGCUGGAGAGGGCCUCCUGGUGUAGGUGCAGAGCUCUGAGCCUGGCCCUUGCCGAGGGAGGAGGUGCAGCUCUGAUGUCUUUCUGGAGGAGAGUCGGAAAUGUUGGUCAGCAGCAGGUGUGGCAGAGAGACAGCUCAAGGUCACAAUGGCUCUACCCCUCCUCAGCAGGUUGGGGCCAGAGGAGCCAGGAGACGCCCCUUUCUGCCCACGCCAGAACUACCUCCCUGGCUGGAGAAGGUGGCUAGCAAUGGGCCAGCCAGGGUCUCGCCCCUCCGCUUAGUCCCAGGUUCAUUGCUGCGUGCCAAGGCUUUUAACUAGCCAUGGGGUUCAGCCACCAUGGACCUAGCAACCCCCAGUACACCAAGUCCCAGGACUUCCAAGAACCCACCUGUGUCAGCGAGAAGGGCCUUUGUGUAGAGAGGGGGCGGCCUGACCCCUGGUUUUAUGACUGAGGAAGUCAAGGUAUGUGCGCGUGUCUGGUGAAGCCCUGCCCACCCAGGGUAUUGAGGAGCCUGGACCAGAUGCAGAAAGCAGCUGGGUGGAAUUUUUUUUUUUUUAUUGAAGUGUAGUUGAUGUACAAUAUUGUAUAAGUUACAGAUGUACUGUUUAGUAAUAAUUUUUAAAGGUUAUACUCCAUUUGCCAAUAUAUUGGCUAUAUUCCCCUGUUGCACAAUGUAUCCUUGUAGUUUAUUUUAUAUCUAGUAGUUUGCACCUCUCAAUCCCCUACCCCUAAAUUGCCUCUCCCCUGUUCCCUCUCCCCACUAGUAACCCCACAUUUUGGUGUGCUCAUGAGGGGAGGGGAGCUCAGGGCCUUUCUACUCCAUUAUCUUGGCCUCUGUCUACCUGGUAGAAUGUUCACAGUCUGUAGGGAAGCCAGGUCACUUCUACAAGUCCUCUGUAGGACUUUCCUGCUUGUCCAGUGGUUAAGAAUCUGCCUGCCAAUGCAGGGGACACCAGUUUGAUCCCUGGUCUGGGAACUAAGAUCCCACAUGCCUUUGGAUUUCGACUACUGAGCCCGAAGGUCUUAGAACCUAUGAGCCACAACUGCUGAAGCCCGUGCGCCUUGGAGCCUGUGCUCCACCCAAGAGAAGCUACCGCAAUGAGAAGCCUCUGCACCGCAACUAGAGAGUAGCCCCAACUCAUGGCAAAUAGAGAAAGCCCGCUCGCGGCAACCAAGAGCCUGUGCGCUGCAACAAAAACCCAGUGCAGCCAUAAAUAAAUAACUAAACAGAUAAAUAGAAAUUAAUUAAUUAAAAACAAGUCCUGUGUAAAGGGGAUCAGCAGUCAGCUGCCCACCUUCCUUGCCCAGUAGUCAUGAGAUCCCAGCACAUUUGUGCAUCUGAAAUCGAGUUGACCCUUCAGAGCUCACUGUUGUCAUUGUGCUUAUUGCCUUGCAAUUUCUGAGAUAUCAAAAUAAAGUUUGUCUCUCAUGAGUGAG